UUGCCACAGGAAGUGCCAAUCAGACAUCAAAACACUUUGCGGGUGGGGGGAGUGAGGAAAGAGGGUCAUUUUCAUUUUUGAAGUAUUUAUCGAUGAAAAAACAAAUUGGGCCGAGAUUCUCUGUUCUGGAAACUAACCCUUGUCAACUAUACAUACAGUAAAUAUAUAUUCACGUUUGACAGGUAAACCACAAUGAGAAUUCGGUCACGUUUCCUCUUCAUCACAGGAUUUCUGAUCGGAUUUAUGUCCCUGCGAUAUUUUGUGGACUCGGACUUGCCCAAAAACCAUUCACAGGAUGCCUGGCAAGGAGACAGACUCGGACACAAAGGUGUCAACUUGCCUUCAGCAACAAAUUCUUCACAAACAACCCGUAUCUUGUGUUGGAUCAUGACAGGGCCCAAGAACAUGGAGUCCCGGACCAAGCACAUUAAGGAAACAUGGGCAACGCGCUGCAACAUAGUGUUGUACAUGAGUUCUGUUAAGACUGACUUCCCAACUGUGAAGCUGAAUGUCAGUGAGGGGAGAGAGCACUUGUAUUGGAAGACCAUCCGUGCCUUUGAGUACAUCUACCAACAGCACCUGGAUGAUGCAGAUUGGUUCCUAAAAGCAGAUGAUGACACAUACGUGAUUGUAGAGAAUCUACUCUACAUGUUGUCUCAGCUUGAUCCUGAGAAGCCUUUGUACCUGGGAAGAAGGUUUAGACCUUUCAUCAGUCAAGGGUAUAUGAGUGGUGGAGCAGGCUAUGUACUUAGUAAGGAAGCACUAAGGAGAUUUAUAAAAGGUUUCACCACAGGAGCAUGCACCCAUUUCUCUUCCAUAGAGGACAUGGCUCUGGGGAAAUGUAUGGAGACAAUGAAGGUGGAGCCAGUAGAUACCAGAGAUGUGAAAGCGAGACAGACAUUUCAUCCUUUCCCUCCAGAACUUCACUUGGUCAGACAGUUCCAAAGGAAUCCUUGGCAUCUGGAAUAUGAGCACUACCCUCGAAUUCAAGGUCCAGGUUGCUGUUCAGAUUUUGCUGUGUCCUUCCACUACAUUUAUGCUGUUCAACUUUAUGCUUUGGAGUACCUGACAUACCAUCUGCGGCCAUAUGGAUACAAGUACAGAUUUAAUUCCUAUGAACUUAGAUAUUUUAAUGGCACAACAAAACAAUUGUGAAACAUUGCAUUUUCCAAAUAGCCUGUUCAUGUUUUGGCAGAGAACACAUUGCAGGAAUCAUCAAAGUUUUAAAACCUGUUAAUUUAUUUAGCUCUCUUUAACUUAAAAUGUGUAACAGGUGAUAGUCCACAAUUAAAGCUUGUCUUAUUUUUUCUUAACAGUGAACAUUUUUGGAAACAUCCCUAGUUCUGUCAAUUAAAGAGGACAUAUUAUAGAAAAAUGCACUUUUGAAUUGGUUGUACUGUAUACAAAUAGAUACUGUAGCUGAAGGACCAUUUCAACAGAAACCUCCUAUAAAUAUUCUAUUUCUUCACGGUUCUGCUGUUCAUUCGUCACUUGCUACAAAUACAGGGGAAACUGGCUUGACAGUUCACUUACAUUUGUAACACACCAAAACGUUUUUUCUCUAAAGUUAAAUGCAGAUUAGCCUGUCUCUCUCCCAAAAUACAUCCUCAUUUUUUUUGUAAUGGUCUUCUGACUGGAGCUCAUUCAGAAUGCUGCCGCUCGGGUUCUGACAAGAACAAAGAGGUCAGAGCCUAUUAAUCCAAUUCUAAAAUCUUUCCACUGGCUUUCAGUCUAGAUUUUAAAGUUGUGCUACUGGUCUACAAAUCACUAAACGGUUUAAGUCCAGAAUACAUGAAUGAAAUGCUAAUGGAAUAUAAACCCAGUCGGGCUCUGAGAUCGACAGACUCAGGUCAAAUAGUGGAGCACAGAGUCCAAAGCAAACAACGGUGUAGCAGCAUUUAGCCGUUAUGCUGGACACAAAUGGAAUACAUUGCCAACAGAAGUGACGUCAGCUCCAAGUGUGUAUGUUUUGAAGUCUUUUUCCCCGUGCUUUUCAGAGCAUUUCCACUUUUAAAUGAUAUUUCUUCCACUGUAUGCUGUUUUAAUUGUAUUUUUAUUUUAUUUUUGUGUUUCUCUUUGUUUUGAAUGUUUAUAAGCUGUUUUUUCUUUGUUUUUUUCAAUGCUUUUAAUCAUGUAAAGCACAUUGACUUACCUUGUGUAUGAAAUGCGCUAUAUAAAUACAUUUGCUUUGCUUUGCUUUGCUCAAUCACA